AUGGCGCUGGACACCGAAGGCGGGUCCAAACAAUUAAAUAAAAUGAGCUCUGAUGCGCAUAUCUCCAUGGGAAAUUCUAGACACCUGGGUGCCACGGAUCUAUGUCCGCAAGGUAUUGGAUCCGAAUCAGCUUACUCCAGCAUUGAGGAGUCCAUGGUGGACUAUUUGUGCAAAUUGCACCAAGAGAAUCGCGAGGUACGCGAUAUUAAGCGAAAAGUUGAUCGCAAGCUGGGGACUAUGGCAGUCCGGCCUGGGGAAUUGGCGAAAAUGGCCUACUCAGGUACCAAGGUCGCGUUUAUGUACCCAGAAUUCCUGCGGUAA